AUGGCCAACUUGGCUGUGAUAUAUGUCGAAGUGGGUCGGAAGAAGGAACGCAGCGAGCUAUUUGCGCAGAUCGCAGAGAUAAAGGAAAGAAUUGUUGCCCUCGGGCAUGGCGAUUUCCGCACACUACAGGACCUCUCUGAUAUGGAAACAACAUAUUUCGCUAACCGGAUUAUUGGAACCGAGCAUCCUAUGACGCUGUUAAGGAUGCAUCUCUUAGCGUUGACAUACGGUGGACAGAGCGAAUAG